GCGAAACACCCUUUUAAAAGAUCUGGGUCCCGACCAAUUCUCGACACGCUUUCAUUCUACAUCCUCAUCCACGAACACAAUCUACACAACUUGCAAUUGUUCAAUUGACUUGGUAAUUUCAUUAUUAUACAUUCAAUUGCCAAUUCUCUAGACCAAAGCACAAUUGCAACUCUACAUCCCACCUUCAUACUACAAUGGCAACCAACGUUACUCCCUCCAAGAAGGCUGCCUCCGCUAUGGAGUCUCUCAAAAUGGACUCUCCUAUCAAGAAGCCUGACUUCUCCGGAAAGGAGAAUGCCCCCGCUGGUACCAUCACCGACGAUAUCGAGGUUCAGAAGCAGGAGAUCAAGACAGAGCCGGCCGUUGCCGAAACCAUCAAGCCCGAGGAGGCUGAUGAGCCUAUCCUACAGGAGAACCCUCAACGAUUCGUCCUGUUCCCCAUUAAGUACCAUGAGAUCUGGCAGAUGUACAAGAAGCACGAGGCUUCUUUCUGGACUGCCGAGGAGAUCGAUCUCUCCAAGGAUCUCCACGACUGGAACAACCGACUCACCGACGACGAAAAGUACUUCGUCUCCCACAUCCUUGCCUUCUUCGCCGCUUCGGAUGGUAUUGUCAACGAAAACCUUGUUGAGCGAUUCAGCGCUGAGGUUCAGAUCCCUGAGGCACGAUGCUUCUACGGUUUCCAGAUCAUGAUGGAGAACAUUCACUCCGAGACUUACUCUCUCCUCAUUGACACAUACAUCAAGGAGCCUGCCCAGAAGACACACCUCUUCAAUGCCAUUGACACUAUCCCCUGCAUCCGCAAGAAGGCCGACUGGGCUCUUCACUGGAUUGCUGACAAGAAGUCUACCUUCGCUCAGCGACUCAUUGCCUUCGCUGCCGUCGAGGGUAUCUUCUUCAGUGGUGCUUUCGCUUCUAUCUUCUGGCUCAAGAAGCGUGGUCUCAUGCCUGGUUUGACUUUCUCUAACGAGCUUAUUUCUCGUGACGAGGGUCUCCACACCGACUUUGCUUGCUUGUUAUUCACGCACCUCAAGAACCGCCCUGGCAAGGACGUCGUCCAGAAGAUCAUCACCGAUGCCGUCACUAUUGAGCAAGAGUUCUUGACUGAGGCUCUGCCUUGCGCCCUGCUAGGCAUGAACUCCAACUUGAUGAAGCAAUACAUCGAGUUCGUCGCUGACCGCCUAUUGGUCGCUCUCGGUAAUGAGAAGGUUUACCGAUCUUCCAACCCCUUCGACUUCAUGGAGAACAUCUCUUUGGGUGGCAAGACCAACUUCUUUGAGAAGCGUGUCGGUGACUACCAGAAGGCCGGUGUCAUGGCCAGCACCAAGAAGAACACUUCCACCGACGAUGUCGCCGCCUCUACUGAGGGUGCCGGUGACAACGGUGGAGACUUCACCUUUGACGAGGACUUUUAAGCUCCUCAUGGUGCCAUGACAUUUCCCUUUCUCUUACUCGAUACCCCCCUUUCUCAUCACAGUCCCCGCAGUAUUUGUCCUCAUGUACCAUAUUUUACACUUCACUGCCGCUCCCCUUAGAGCUAGAGGCCUAAUAUUAUAGAAGAGGCGAGCAAUUGCGGUGGUGUAUAGUUGGAUUCAACGACGACUAGACUUUCCAUCUAUCUUAGAUGGGUCUCGUUGAAUAACCAACGCUUUUUUCUUUUGUUAUGACUGGUCAUUUC